UUUACAAUAUUGUCAAUACAUUUUUAUAGUCUGGAAAAUCACACGGUAGGAUCCAGUUUUCCCACAUUAAUUUUCAUAUUGGUUUGGUUGUCAUUAGGGCGCUUUUUCCGACACGAUACCGACAAAACGGAUCCGAUUGUCGGCGAACGACAUAGAGUCAAGUAAAAUACAUGGUCAGCAACGGAGUGCUUUUUCACUCACCGAUAAGAUAACGAUUACGUCGCAUCCGACAAGGCGAUAUCGUUUGUCGGAAUCAAAUGUCGGUUAAGCAAUCACGUUUCUCCUCAAAUCGGGCUGAUUUUGUGUAUCUUUCCAGUUCUAUCUCCUCUUUUGAUAUCAUUAUUUUAAUUAAUUUAGUCAUUUAUUUGAUCAUGUCAAAUGUAAAAUUUGAUGUCAUUUUGCUCUGUGAGCUCGUAGAAGCUAAGGAAUGUUUAUGGAAUAAACGAAGUGAGUUAUAUAGAAACAAAAUUAUACGAGAAAAUGCGUGGGACGAAAUCAGCAAAUUCUUAGAUGAAGAGUAUGAAGAAAAAACAAAGCUACAGAAAAAAGAAACAGUUGAAAAAAUAAAGAGUAAAUGGUGUAACAUCAGGGAUGCUUUUAUGAGAAGUUUAAAAGACAAAAGUAGCCAGUCAUCCAAAAAAGAAUACUUGUACCAUGCGCAUUUGCAAUUUCUUCUAGCUGGUCAAGAAAACGACAGCACCCAAUCUAGCAAAAUUGUAGAUGAAUUGGCAACAUCAGCUAUCUACGAGAGUGUUGUUAAUCCAACGGAAAAUGAUCACGCACCAAUCACUGGAAAUGAUCCACUAGAAAUGAUCUGCAGUGAGUCAGGUAGUGCCUCUGGUGAGACCUCUACUAAAACGUGUAAAAAACGCAUACGCUCUCAACAGAACUUGAAUGAUCUCGAGAAAGAGAUCAUUAAGGAACUGAAACGGCCUCGGUUGGAGAAGCCCCCUAGUACAUUUUUUUCUUCAUUUGAAGAAUACGUCACAGACAUGAGUGAGAAUGAAAAAAUUGAACUGCACAUGGCUGUUCUAACAUUAAUCAUGAACAUUAAAGCUAAAAGAUCUCAACCAGUAUAA